GUUAAAUUUAUUUUAGCUUACGGUGAGUAUAAUCAAAUAGAUACCAUAAAUUCAAGAAAAUGUACUGAGCUCUGUAAUUAUUGCGGUGGAACUGGAUCUUACGUUGACAAUUCAUGUGAAUGCUACAUCGAAAAUACUAAUGACCAAGAAGGAGAAUGUUUCGAUCGAAUGAAAAGAAAAGCCCGUCUAUUAAAUCUCGAUUUGAUAAACUGUAAACGAGGAUUACCCGACCGUCCAUCUAGAUGCAGAGAUCAGAAUUCUCGGCGUAUUGGCUCUUACGACAUGUGUCGCAUAGCCCAAUACUUUUUGAAUGGAGGUCCUGCAAAACGGAUCCCGAUUGUAAAACCUAAAUGCGAUCCAACAACAACAACAUCAACGUCAACAGAGCCGACGGUUGAAACAACAAUAAUUGAUGAGUUGGAGUGCGAUCAGAUAGACGAUGACUGUAAUCCGGUAACGGAGCCGCCCAUAGAAGACCCUUGUGAGAAGUACAAACUAACUCCUCGGCCUCCUGAGUACCUAGAACCACGUUACGAUUAUCCAAAGCCCUUGCACCGCAGCUACAUUCCGAACUACCAUACCAGACAGCCAUUACUCGGCUCAACACCACCAUCUUAUAGUUCUUUUCACAAUCGUGUGUACCAAGGCAAUAAUCAGCUUUAUUCACCUCAGUAUUCUUCUUUUGGAACUAAUCUACAACAAACUACUUCACCUUACGAUGCGAUGAGAGCUAAAUACUCAUUGUACGCGAGCGCUAAUAGUAAUAAUAAUUACAAUAAUUACAAUCAUAACAAUAAUUAUCAAGUCGACGGUACUUACUCGCAAUCAAUGUCGUUGAAUGAUUUAUUGGAGCUGCAAAGAUAUCUGACAAACCAGAAUCUUAUGAUGCAGCCUCUGCUACAUAGACUUCAACUUCAAAGCAACUCCCAGAGUGUCAGUAAUUAUUCACCGUUCAAUGACAUGGUAGGGGCGGCAAAUCCCUCUUCGACUGACAAUACCCGGAAUCAAGAAAAUACCACUCCAACAGCAUUAACUUCACUUGGAUCGUCUAAUGAUGAAACUGUAGUGUCAUCGACUCAGGAAAAUGAUAAUCCUAUGCCUAUGAUGAUAGUUGAAGAAACCGUACCGGGUCAGGUGGGUGGUGAGCAAAAUUCUGACAGUACCGAUAGGUCAAGAAGGGUUAUACGACCGUUGUAUAACCGCAGAAUUAUUAAACGAGGCUUUAAAUUGUAA